CCAGCCACCAUUGCCUACUUGCUCCUGGGACAGCCACCCUGCUGACCAUCUAGCUAGCGCGGCCCGGACUGAGCAGCCCUGCAAGAACAGUUCCUGGAGGGAGAAGAGUCGCUGGAACCGUGGAGCUGCGGCCGAGGGGCGGUGGCUUGAUCUGCUCCGAGAAUUUUCGAUUCUUCGAUCGAUCUCUGCGAGGUUUGGUUCCAGGUGAUAUUGAAGCAAAUGGUGUCAGAGGGAUGGCAGGAUGUUCUUCUGCUGGAAGUGAAAUGAGCCCUCUGCUGUCUGGUCUUUGAUCUCCACUAAUCCUUACUCCAAUCAGUUGGGACUGGGAGAUGGCGUAUUCAGGCCAAAGGCAUGGCGGUGCUGGUGCCGGGAGCUCGUCGCGGCAGGGGAGUGGCUUGAAGGGGCAGGCUAGCUCAGUUGAGUUCCUUGGGAGGGGGAUGGUGGGAAUGCAGCUGAGAGAUGCCAAACCAGAUGCUGAUGAUGAACGGGACACUGAGCCAGAUGUGGUUGCAGAUUCCGGCGCUGAAGCUGGUCACAUAAUUUCAACCACAGUCCGUGGCCGAAAUGGUCUGCCUAAACAGUCGGUCAGUUACAUCGCUGAACAUGUGGUUGGAACUGGUUCUUUUGGGGUUGUAUAUCAGGCCAAAUGUCGAGAAACAGGUGAAAUUGUUGCCAUCAAGAAGGUUCUUCAAGACAAGCGAUACAAGAACAGGGAGUUGCAAAUUAUGAAUAUGCUUGACCAUCCCAACAUUGUUGGUCUUAGGCAUUACUUCUUCUCAACCACUGAAAGGGACGAGCUUUAUCUCAAUCUUGUCCUUGAGUUUGUUCCCGAGACAGUAAACCGGAUGGCAAGACAGUACAACAGAAUGAAUCAACGAGUGCCCCUCAUUUAUGUCAAACUAUACACGUAUCAGAUAUGCCGAGCACUUUCUUAUAUACAUAACAGUGUUGGCAUCUGCCACCGUGAUAUCAAACCACAAAAUGUUCUUGUUAACCCACAUACACACCAGCUCAAAAUUUGUGAUUUCGGCAGUGCAAAAGUCUUGGUCAAGGGAGAGCCAAAUAUCUCCUACAUAUGCUCAAGAUAUUACCGAGCACCGGAACUCAUAUUUGGUGCAACUGAAUAUACUACUGCCAUUGAUUUAUGGUCCACAGGCUGUGUGAUGGCAGAGCUGCUUCUCGGACAGCCUCUUUUUCCUGGGGAAAGUGGAGUUGAUCAGCUGGUUGAGAUUAUCAAGGUCUUGGGUACUCCAACAAGGGAAGAGAUCAAGUGCAUGAAUCCAAACUACACGGAGUUCAAGUUCCCACAAAUUAAGGCUCAUCCAUGGCACAAGGUUUUCCAGAAGAAGCUUCCACCCGAAGCAAUGGACCUUGUUAGCAGAUUCCUGCAAUACUCACCAGAUCUUCGGUGCACUGCUAUGGAAGCCUGCAUGCACCCAUUCUUCGACGAGUUGAGAGAUCCAAACACUCGUCUACCCAACGGUCGUCCUCUUCCUGCUCUCUUCAACUUCAGAUCUCAAGAGCUGAAUGGAAUUCCUCCGGAAGUCAUCGAGCGCCUGGUUCCAGAGCAUGCGAGAAGGCAGAAUCUGUUCAUGGCGCUCCGCACCUAAGUUUUCUUGCGCGGGUUCUUCUUUCCUGCUGUUUGUUGUCCUGGGGGAAGCUUGUAAAUUAAGGAUGUAGCUUCUCCUUUUCCCUCUCCCUCGUUUUUGUUUGUUUUGGAGCUAGUUUUAUUUGUGCAAGGUAGAGUUGUACAAGGAUGUGAGAUUUGGGGGAACUUGAAAGAAGAGGGCUUGUGCUUGAUUUGAGGCUUGUGGAAGUCCCUCUAAUUCUUUGGAGCUUGUGUGUAGUAACAUUGCUUGGAUGAUGA